UAUAGUUUAACUUAUCUUGAAACCUCAUUCAAUUCCGAAUGGUCUCAAGGCAUUUUCCAAAAUUUGUUUAGUUUUAUUUUCAAUAUUACAAUUUUCUAAUCGAGGACAAACGUUGGAAGCCAUGGCUAGAAAUCACCACCGUCAGUCAGGAGGCGAGGAUCAGUCUCCUCCCAGUAGUCCCUUGCUGUACUGGAUCAUUUCGGCUGUCAUAGUGAUCGGAACAUCAUGUCUUCUGUAUGUUCUCUUUCCCGCCCAGAAGUCUGCUCAUGAUGGAUAUCAGUCUGGACAACCACUGGUGCCUGCUACUCGGCUACUGGCUGGGCUAGGAGCUGGCUAUCAUUCGUGGCGCGACUCCGAAACGGCUGCAGCAGCGGCAGAGGCGACCGCAGAGGAGAAAGCUUCUCGUUGCCACUUCUGUAGCCAGCCGAUGUACAUGAAGAAUGCCUUCAACCAGAUUGGCCUGCAAGUACAGAACCAGGACAGGGCCCUAGGCCAGAUGGCGGAAGAACUAAGCCGCGAUCGUAAGUUUCGUUCGGUCGCAUUAAUGGGUCCACCCGGCGUCGGCAAGACCAUGACGGCCACGGCUCUAAUAAAGAAUUUUCCAUGGCCCGAAAACGUUCGAACCUACUCGUGGAACUCAAAAGAGUCUGGUAAAGACGAUGUGUCCAAAUUCCGCAAGUUGAGGGAAUUUAUGCACGAUUUGUCCGGUUGUGGUAUGAAUCUACAUAUUAUUGAUGACCUUAAUGUGGAUAAUCCUGAGAUAGUACCGAUAUACAACGAUAUGAUGUUAAGGCGCGAGAGUGAGGGAACUAAGGACAAGGGAACAGCAUCUGAAACAGUUUUUGUUGUCUAUAUAUUCAAUCUGAAGUCCAAGGACUUGGAAAAUCAGCUUAAGUAUCUGCAAAAGCUUUCACCCCAUACAAAGUCAGUAGCCUUCCGAUCCUUUGAACCUAAGGAUCUCAAGUCCUGCUUGGAGAACGAACUGAAGGCUGCCAAUUACAAGCUAAGCGAGGAGGCAGAAAUCAAGGUUCUCGAGGGAGCUCAGCAAAACUUAGAUGUAUCUGGAUGCAAGUCCCUGAAAGCACUAGUUCAACAGCUUGGCGAGCCACUGACAUCCAACUGAGUCCAUUAAACGAUAAAUUAGAAGACGUGGAUUCACUUCUUUCCCUACAGUA